CGAUGCACAAGUGAGCUUGCUCACCGAUGCACAAGUGAGCUUGCUCACCGAUGCACAAGUGAGCUUGCUCACCGAUGCACAAGUGAGCUUGCUCACCGAUGCACAAGUGAGCUUGCUCACCGAUGCACAAGUGAGCUUGCUCACCGAUGCACAAGUGAGCUUGCUCACCGAUGCACAAGUGAGCUUGCUCACCGAUGCACAAGUGAGCUUGCUCACCGAUGCACAAGUGAGCUUGCUCACCGAUGCACAAGUGAGCUUGCUCACCGAUGCACAAGUGAG